AUGGCACCAACAACCGAGCAAGAUUUCUUCGGCGGGGCAAUCCGCGGAGUCAUCCCGCAACGCUGGAUGGACGCAAGCAACCUCCGCGAAAUCCCAGAUCACCAGGAACUCUUCCUUUCACCAGAGACUCUCUCCACCCUAAUCAUCGAGAUCAACCAGCGCGUCUCCCAAGAAGACGCACUCAGCACAUUCGCCACCCUCGCCCACCAGAACCCCACCCUAGCAGCAGGAAGCGCCAGCACAGCCAGCGCUUCACAGGAAACCAUCGACCAAGCCGCUGCUCUGUACCACCUGAACGAUAUCUGCGACGAGGGCGAUGCCUUGCAAGUGAUUGCUCCGCCGCAGCGGGCCAACCUCCCCCGCUUAACCGCCACCGCGCCGGCCGGGUCAUCCGUCAGUGCCUACAAGGGCGUUGUCCAGUUUCAAAAUGCGCCUAGACGGCGGGGCCAAGCCCCCGCUACAAAUGGGACAUCUGCGGCCGUUGCGGGCGCGACUACGAAUGGUGCCGGUGCGAUGACGCAGUUGACGUGCCACUAUCUACUUGUUCGUUUGGCGGCGCAGGAGACGGAUCUUUUGGUUUUCUUCAAUGUGCCUCAUGAGGAGUUUGACAAGGCUGGGGAUGCGCAGGGGCUGUCUAGGGAGGAGGCUAUUGCGGAAGAGACUGUUGCCGCGUUGGUGGAGGGUUUGGAAAUCCGGGAUUGGGGCCUGUUUGUUUAA